GGGAAUCCGGCUCCUUGUUUUGCCACGACACGCAAGCUCGCUGGCUCGCUCGCUCUCUCCACACGGAGCUGGUGCGAGAGGUCGGAGUGUUAUCUUGAGCUCACUUCUUAGGAGCUCACACUGCGAGGGAAGCGUCCCAAGAGUAACGCCAAGUGGCUAUUUUGCCUGCGCAUCAGUCCGCCUGCUACUCGCCUUCAAAUGUGAUAUUCUCGGUGGUUUUGCGGGCCAAUCCGCCGCAGCUUGAGAAAGGCUCCAGUGGGAUUUUGAGCAAUUUUUCAGACUGCACUAUCAAAGUGGAAGGCCAGCGAGGAAUCACUCCAGCCGCGCACACACAGGUGAUGACCUGACUGCAGCCCCCUGGUGGUGCAAUGAAGGACCUCUCCUCUUCCUGCUCUUCUCUCAACUCCCAACUCCUCUACCCUUCCUCCAAGACCUCGGCAGGACCCUUCUCUCCAUCCCCCGGUGCCGUCCCUUCGGCCCUGGCGUCGUGCCCCAAACCGCAGCCUUUCUGCCUCCAGACGGGACCGCACCUCAUCGCCAGCAUGCAGCUGCAGAAGCUCAACUCACACUACCAGAACCUGGCGGGUUCUUCGGCAGGACACCCGACUCCAAGUGCCGUUCAAAGGGGAUUUAGGGCCGGAAACCAGAUUCUGGGGCCCUCCGGGGGCAUCAAUGGAGCGGGGAUGAGUGCAGGCGUCGGCGCGGGGAUGCAGGCCGCCGCCCCGAGCGGAGUCUUGGACUUUGACCUCGUAGACGAGGAGGUCCUCACGUCGCUGGUGGUGGAGCUCGGACUGGACCGAGCCAAUGACUUGCCUGAACUCUGGCUGGGCCAAAACGAGUUUGACUUCAUGUCAGAUGUGGCAGCUGGCUGCUGAUCCGGCACACUAGAAUAACUAAAGAAAGGAUGACUGGGAAAUUACACCAUUCAGACCUCGGUGAAAAAGGACUUUGUCUCCUCUGUCGACAAGUAUGUCAUGUUUGUAAAAUAAAAAAAGUAGCCAUGUGGAGAGGGACAGACUAAGAAUCAGACCUCUAUCAAGUUAAUGAAUCCUAGUUGUUCACAUGUUGGGCUGUUUUGAAGUAAAUAAUGGCUCAUAUUAUUCAGCACAUGAACCAUUUCACCAUUAAAAGAGCACUUCUGCGCCCUUAGUCCGAGCAACAGACACUUCAAUUAACCAGUCCUUCGAAAAUCACGUUAAGUAUGUCUGUAUUUCCCCUCCACAGCUAUCUUGGAAUCCACUUCAUUUUUGAAAUGUAAUUUACAGCCGCCAUUUCAUCUCUCCUCCAAACACUUGACCACCAUCGUCUUUUUGACUGACACCUUUCAACCCGCCUUCAAUCUGCUGUGCCGGAGAUAGAAGGCUGAAAUCAAUUUCCAUUCAUCUCAUUUAGCCUGUUUGCCGAGUGGCUCUGCCUCACGUAUAUGACGACAAAAUAUGUGCGGUGUUACGAUGAAACGGUCCUUUAGUCACGUUGGAGCCAAGCCCCCCGUUGGGUCAGCGGCUGUAAUAAUUGGGAGGAAAGGAAGCAUGAAGGAGGCGAAACAAGGAGCCAUUGCUGUCUCCUAUUUCCUCCACGGUGGAGGCUUAAUGAGAACAAGCUGAUUGAUGGACACACAAAGGCACACCUGUUGCUGCUGUUCUCCAUCCAGGAACAUGAAAGUGGGACGCCGGACUUUAUGAUGAGCCACAGUACGCUUGCUCUUUUCUCAGUAGACAAUAUUCUACUGUGCUUUCCACGGAGGGGGGGAAAAAAGCCUCCUCUUUCGCUCUCUCUUUGCUCUCUCUUUCUGUAGCCUCACAAGGAAAGUAAUUGUCUGACAAGUGCUUAUCUCGAUGCCCUCCCCUUUCUUUUCAUGUUGGGAUCGAGCAGGAGCAGAACACUGAACAGUGGCUGAUGUCCCGUCUGGACUGGAAGGACAACGGGGGCCUGUGUACGACCACCUUGGCGUGCCGCGUCAUUAAUUGUUUUGUUGUCAGUAAGAUAGCCACCCCAAAAAAAAAAAUGCGACUUGUUGUGUAACCAAAGUGGGUCAGCGGCUGUGUUUGCGUCCCUCUGUUUCGAUGUUGCUUUGUUUUGCUGCUUUCAUCCCAUCUGAGCCAAUUUUAUUAAAUUGCCCCACCCCCCAGAAAAUGUCAGCCUGCUGCAGUUUUUUUUUUUUUUUGGUGUGCUCCUACAGAAAAGCCGUGAAGAAGCGUGUAUGGCAAGAAUUAACAGAGCAGCUGAACUUUAUUUGAGUUUAUGGUGACAGGUGUGUGUUGUUUCUCAUGGAACAUGAGUUUGAAUGGAAUUUGUUGAUUCUGAACAUGGCCAAAUCCCCAGUAAUAAGGGUGUGCACACUAGUCCAACCACAUAUCUCAGUUGUUUGUUUUUUUUAAUGUCACAAAAACGAGGGUGUGUGUUUAUAUCCACUGUAUAGUCGACUCUUCACCUCCUAUUUCCACUUUAUCACGACUGUCUUUGGGUGCACCCUGAACUGGUCACCAGCCAAUUGCAGCACCUCAUACUUGAUGUCUGUUUUUUUCCUACCAAUAUAAUUCAAAGUCGAUUUCAGAACCA